CGACUAUUUAUGGGGCACUCUUCUGAACCACAAUGACGGGAUACGCCAGCAGCCAGUAACUCCAGUCUCCCGAGUUUGAGAUGUAAUUAUUGAAGGAAUUCUAUCGAUCAGUCCAAGACGAUUAGUCGCUGCCGGCAAGUCAAGCCCAAAAACUCUGUCACUGGGGUAUUCUGAAAUACGUAUUCACGAACACCCACACGUUGAUACCCAAAAAAAAAAAAAAAAAAAAAAAAAAAAAAAAAAAAACCCUCUUCGGAUUUCUGAACUAGCUUGGUGUGAAAGAAGCUCAGCUGAACUCCACUCAAAUUAAUCGACCGUGUCUGCAAACUGAGCCAAAGCUUACGAUUCUGCCAUUAAAGGACCACGACAGCGGCCGUCGUCUGCGUGCAGUUCCACAGUCAUCUGGCGAGCUUGAUCAUCUCGAAGUGAUCUAUCAUGGAUGGUUCACGAGGAGGGACAGGAGAUGGAGAGGACAACCACGAAAAGAACACCCCCAACUUACAGGAGAAUUGCGUCGAAUAUAGUAUCUUCCCUGUUGACCCCAAAGCCGCAAGUGAUCCACUAAAGCAACUUUCCCGACUCGAAGAUCUACGAAAAUCUGCUUUGCAACUCGCGAGCUCCCUGACUGCAGAUUAUAUUUGGCAAAAGGGCCUGUUUACUCUCGACGUGGUCACGGAACAAGGCAACUCGUUUCUACGAGGAACGACGGACUACGGGGAUGCGAUCGAGGACGAAUGGCUGAUUGUCUUCAUCCUCAGGGAGCUUUCCAAAGCUCACCCCACGGCAUGGAUCCGAGUCUUUGACGCUGAUGGGGAGUUUCUUCUCAUAGAGGCGGCCAACGUUCUUCCCAAAUGGUUGAGUCCUGAGACGGACCACAACCGCGUCUGGAUCAACAAUGGUCGUCUGCGAAUCAUCCCUCACACACCCGAGGACGGCGCUAAAAUCCGGCUGCUGCCGUUGUCAGAUGCUUUGCGGGUCAUCAAAUCAACCGCUGAAUCUCUUUUGCACUCCGAAUUCAUAGAGGCCGAGGCCUUUUACCGCCUUGAAAAGUACCCUGACCAGAUUCGCAAGUCUAUACACCACUCGCUCGUGACGAUUCCUCGAAGACUUGUCCAUGUCCUGCGCCAAACUCCCAAAGCCGUUGCACCAGCUGUAGAGUCAUUCUACCUCCGCGAUGCGCUAGACCUGAACGCACUCCUGUCCAGCAAGAAGAGUCUCACUUUCCCCCCGGUUGAUCUUGUCACAGUGAGCGUCAGGUUUUCCAGGGUGUUGUUCGCUCAACUCAGAUCGCAAAGGUUCGAGCCUCCUGCACCUUGGACUGACAUUAUCCAACGGGCCAAGGGGGUUGAGCAUACACGUCUGGAGAUUGGCAUGAAACUUGCAUGUGGAUUCGAAAUCAUGCUCAACAACGUUGAGAAGGCUGAUAGCCGUGAAGCCAGGGCGGCUAGCAUUGUUGUCGAGGACCUCGAGGAGGAUGGAGACUCAGUGCUCCCUACGGACGAACAAAUCCUCAGCUGGAAGGAUGCAGGUCGCAACGAUGACGAGUCCUGGAUGGACAUCAACUACGAAGACUUUGAAAGGGAGCUGUCGGGACGUCAAGGCGGCUCUCAGUCUCAGCCAAAAUCAAGCUUCGGGGAUGCUACGACACAAGCAGACCUGCGCAAAAUCGUCUCCCGGUUCGAGGCCUUCCUCAACGAUGAGAAUGCAGGACUAGACGGUGCCGAGAUCGAUGAAAUGGACAUUGAUGACGACGACGAAGAAUCCGAGGGAGGGGAGACAGACGAAGAUGAUGAGGAUGAAGACAAGGCGGUCAGCUUUGACGAGGCGGAGUUUUCUCGUAUGAUGAGAGAAAUGAUGGGACUCGCACCCGCAGAGUCCGACUUUCGUGAUGCUCCGGGCAAAUCACCUGCGGCGACAGAAAACGCUAAGCCCGUCGGGCGGGGCGAGGAAUCUGAUGACGAUGACCUUCGGAAGCUUACCGCUGCGUUGGAAGCAGAGCUCAAUGAGCACGGUGCUCUAAAGUUGGAUCAACCUCAAAACAGGGCCCUCAAACAGAAAAACCAAGGAAAGAAGGAGACAUCUGGCCAGGAAGGCAGUGGACAUGAAACGAGCAAUGAUGAGGAGGCAGACGACGAAGUUGACAUUGACUACAAUCUGGCCAAGAACCUCCUCGAAAGCUUCAAGGGCCAGAGUGGUAUGCCGGGUCCGGCUGGGAAUAUUCUAGGCAUGAUGGGACUACAGCUACCGCGAGACGAGGACGACAACUCAGGGCAAGGCAAAUAGGAGCGAUAAAGCUAGACGGCUGAGAUCCUCUAGAUCAUUAAUCAUUCUUCAUUGAAACGAUGAUUGCAUCUUCCUCCCGGAAGCAACCGUG